AUCAAUUAAAACUAUCAUAAUUGUUAUAGGAACAUGGCCUCCGAACCCGAGUUCGUCGUUGAGCGGGUCGUUGCAAAGCGAAUCCGGCGCGGAAAGGCCCAGUACCAGAUCAAGUGGAAGGGCUGCGACGAUUCGGAAAACACCUGGGAACCGGAGGAAAAUCUCAACUGCUCGGAUCUUCUGGAGAAAUUUGCGCGCGAGGAAGGCGAGAAGCGGGCCAGCCGCGGCAAGCGACAGUCUUCGGCGGACUCUAACUCGAACAUGGAUCGGGCCGGAGAAGUUGUUGAGAAAGCACCGCCGAAACGGCAGAGUCGGCCGAGAGCGUCAAAAAGUUUGGCGCCGGAGGACACGGCCUCGCCUCCGGUGGUUCCGGCGGCCAAACGCACGAAGGCCAAAAAUGGCUUCGAAAAGGGACACGUGGCGGAGAAGUUGGAAGGUGUGACCGAGGAGGGCGGCGAACGGCUGUUCCUGGUUCGCUAUAAGGGAGUCGACGAGGUGGAACUGGUUCCGUCCAGCAUCGCACGCCAGCACGUUCCGGAUCUUAUCAUUGAUUUCUACGAGAGCCGUAUCAUCUGGAACAACAAGAAGAGCGCGCAGUAGAUGGUCGAGUGAUACCAUGUAUA